AUGAAACCAUGCACUCAUACUUUUUGGCUGGGCCUGGAGAAUCAGGGCCACGACGCCCAGCUUCUUGUCUCAGACAGGACCGAAAGACUUACCAGCAGUAUCCCAGACUGCGAUAUUGAGCAGCCCAGCCUAUUCGUACUGAUCGGUAACACCACGAAAUCAAGUGCCCUUCGAGAAGUGUUCAGUGUCAGGAGAAGCCGAAGUGCUGGAUUUAAACGGAGCCGCGGUUUACACUUACACGUUGACCCGUCAAGUAUAUUUCGCGGACGACCACUUCUCAUCGCCGAGGGUGACAUUCGCAGCAGCAUCACUGCGAAGCUGACCAAGGGCAGGUGUCACCGUAUAAUCAAGCGGACAGUUGAGAGACCCAGUCACGGGUCGACCAUCGCGCAGAUCUCGAACGGCAUCUAUUCUCAGCUCCUGUAUCCCUUCGCUGAUGUCUUCGUGUUCUUCUCUGAUGAUAUCGGCGGGUUGAGACAAGUAGCAUGCGCGUUGGCGCAAUGGCUAGAGGGCAGCCACGCGUCGAUGCCAUCAAACAACAUUCGCCCAAAAGUCGUGAUAGCAAUUGAGUUGACCACUGUCAGUGUGGCAAGCGAGAAGAAGGCCCGAGCAGACUUUAUUUCCCUGUUGCGUGAAGAAACCGCAAGGGAUCCGAUGCAGAUUUUCUCAUCGAUCGACAUCCUUGGCCUUUUCCCGAGCGGGUCUAUAUCCGUCGAUGCGCGCUAUAGGGCUCUCAAGGAAUUGCUCAUGCAGAGUUCCGAUGAAAUACGAGCGGCGAGCGCGUGCGGGCAUUUCGCAACCGUUGUUGCGCAGCCUUUUGACUGCAUUCAGGCGUCAAGAUCUCACAACCCGGUCGCUAAAGACCUGGUUCAGCAUUUCUCCGGCUUCUUGCAGUACAUCAAGACCCCAAUAGAGCUGAUCGACUUCGCCGCUCCAGUCCUCGGGUCGAGCCUGCUCCUAGAUAACUACCUGCCUGAGAAUCACUUAUUUAAGCCGUCCGAUGUCUUCAACGCCUUGUACAGGGAGAUAUUUCUCCAGGUGAGCAAAAGUAGGGUGAUUUGCUUCGAGGGGUCCAGCGAUGUGAUGCUUCGCAGCGGGUUUAUUGAUGCUGUUGAAAAACAUUUUGAUGAAUCAUUUGGGCAACUCAUUCGGGGGCCGAACACAUCGGCCAGGAUCCACGGCGAAACCCUCGGACGCUAUAGGACUGCGUGGAAGGAGAUCCAUUCCAACAGCACCUGUCUUUCUUGCCUGCGCCGCAGACCGCAAUACGGUCUGCAGUGCGGACAUGUCGUAUGCGAGAGCUGCGUCCUCAGCUUUGGCAACCGGUCCCCAGGGGACCCAUGGCUCUUUGAACUCGAAACAUGCUUUCUAUGUGGGGAAGAGAUGCUGGGCGGGGCAUUAGUUCGCGUGCACCCACCCACCGCAGGCGUCGGGGUGCUGUGCGUCGACGGCGGAGGCGUGCGGGGGAUCGCCCCGCUCAGAUUAAUGAGGAGGAUCCAGGAGCGGCUUAGCCUGCCGAUUCCUUUUCAGAGGCUCGUCCAAGUCGCCUUCGGAAUCAGUUCAGACGUCUUCCUGAAUGGAAAAUCCAUUGAGGAAUCUACAGACAGGUUUGAAACACUAGCACGAGUGAUUUUCCAGCGGCGAGAGCUGAUUAUUCCAUUCCUACCUCGGUUCCUCAGGCCCCUGGUGGCGCAGGUCGUGGGGAGCUCUGGCCCGUUUCCUGGCCUGUUCCGUCUCCUUGACGUGAUCGUUUCGUAUUUUGCUGACGGCUUGUACCCCCCGCAACAUAUCGAGGCUGCUCUGAAAGAAGCCUUCGGAAACGAAAAAAGCAUAUCGGACGUCUCACACGCGGCGCGCAAUGGGACACUAGUUGGUCUGCCAGCUGCUACAGUCAGCAAGAGACCCCGUAGCCGCAUCUUCACGAAUUACAACGGUGUCGGCGAUCGUGAAGAGGCUGUCGACCAUGCCAUCAAACCAGGCAGUGGAUGCGGACGAGUCAAGCUUUGGGAGAUGGCCGCUCGAAAACGACCCAUUGAUCUCGGCACUGUCUGA